AUGUCUAUGAAAAAUCCACCUGCGAAGGAUCAAACUUUCGGCGGCAAGACAGUUUUGCUAGGUGGUGAUUUUAGACAGAUCUUACCAGUAAUUCCACAAGGUAGUAGAGCUGAUACUGUCCUAGCUUCAAUAAGUCAUUCAUAUCUAUGGAAUAUCUGCCACAAGUUCGCUUUAAAAGUAAAUAUGCAAGUCAAUCAGGACGAGAAAGAAUUCUCUGAGUGGCUUCUCAAGGUCGGGGAAGGUCGUCUAGAAUCGGUAGAAGAAGAUGAGGAUGAUGACUACCAUGAACAAUUAAUAAUUCUCGACAACUCAUUGGUCCAAGAGUCUAAGGAUGACUCUUUAAAACAAGUUGUCGAUGCCGCAUAUGGAGAUGUCAACAAAAUAAAAGCCUCCCAAAGUUCUUACACUGAUAGAACUAUACUUACACCCUGA